AUGUCUCAAGCUCCAUAUUCCAACGACUCCGAUGAUGCCGAAUCUCUUCUUGAGUUUGAAAGAUUGGAGUCGACCCUUCCCCCAGCCUUGAAAAGGUCAGCCUCUUCACUCUUCGAAGCCAUUCAGCUGCAGAAUCCUUCAGGACAUUCGCUGCCAAACCGGGAAAAUCACUUCAAUUCUUCCUGGAUCAACACAGGAAAUCCAACUCCGAGAACCCCUUCUCAGCAUGCCGUAAAUGCUCUUCUUUCCAAGCUUUCCCACUCUGAAAAUGGUCGUGAAUCUUCUCCAAUUCCAGUUCCAAGACCCAAAUUCAACGAAGAUAUUGUAAAGCCUGCCAUGAAUACUAAGCAGUCUUCUACCGGUGUCUUAUGGGUAACCGAAAGAGCCACUGAAUAUGGAUUCGAUGCCGAAAACCAAACUGAUUGGGCCAACUUGGGCCAAGGUGCGCCAGAACACGGAGAUACCGUUCCAGGCUCGUUCAUUAGACCGAAAACGAUUCCAGUGCCGGAUUAUUCUAAGGAAUAUGCUCCUACUGCUGGCAUCAAGAAAUUGAGAGAAGCUGUUGCCAACUACUAUAACGAAACGUAUCGUCAGAACAAACUCAGCAAAUACACAUACAAGAACGUUUGUAUUGUGCCUGGAGGAAGGGCCGGACUUACGAGAAUUGCAUCCAUCAUCAGUGAUUGUUACUUGAGUUUCUUCUUGCCAGACUAUACUGCAUAUGCUGAAAUGUUGUCGUUGUUCAAGAACUUCUCCCCUAUACCGGUGCCAUUGGAUGAAGCAGACAACUACGAAAUGCACUUGGAAAUGAUCAAGAACGAAUUGACACGUGGUGUCAGUGCUUUAUUGACUUCCAACCCAAGAAACCCUACAGGAAGGUGUAUGACGCCACUACACUUGAAGCAAUUGCACGAUUUGUGUCGUGAGAAAUGUUUACUUAUCAUGGAUGAAUUCUACUCGCACUACUACUACGACGAUGGUUGCACUGGAUCAUCAAUUUCUUCAGCCCAGUUCGUGGACGAUAUCAACCAGGACCCAGUGCUCAUUCUCAAUGGGUUGACCAAGGCAUUCAGAUUGCCAGGAUGGAGAAUCUGUUGGAUAUUGGGACCGGAGGAGUACAUCAGUGCCUUGAGUAGUGCUGGUUCGUUCUUGGAUGGAGGAUCCAAUGCCCCAUUCCAAUUCACUGCUGUUGAUUUCUUGGAACCAUUGAAGGUGAGAGCCGAAAUGAAGGCACUUCAAAUCCACUUCAAGAUGAAACGUGACUACAUUAUUGGCAGACUUUCAAAGAUGGGAUUCACGUUCACUGAAAAGAAUAUCCCCAACUCCACCUUCUAUUUGUGGUUGAAUUUGUCUCAUCUUCCAGGGAAGUUGAGUAACUGUCUUGGAUUUUUCCACGAAUGUCUUCAUGAGAAGGUAAUUGUUGUUCCUGGAUUUUUCUUCUUGAUCAAUCCACAGAACUUGUCACGCUUGGAAGAUGUUAUCUGGUAUAACUACGUAAGAUUGAGUUACGGCCCCGAAUUCAACCUGUUGGUGUUGGGCAUGGACGGAAUAGAAAGGAUAUUGCAUCGUUUCGGCUGUCUCCCAUACGAUCCAAACCAGUAG